ACUUUAUCCAUUGAUUUUUGUCUAGUUAUUCUUUGGUUUAUUCCUCGAUCUUCACGAAACAAACAAAACUUCGUUCAGCCUUCAAGGGUUCAAAACAAACAUCGAACAAGGUCGCUUCGUAUUAUGUUUUUGUCAUCAUGUCCCGAACCCGGAAGUUUGUUCUCCUCCGCUGCACAAAGCGUAUUUCCUGCUACUUGCGCCGCCGCUUCAAUCCAGGCUCUAACGUUUAAGCGGUGAAACUUCCCCUAUCGGCGACCGGAUCUUGGUAGAAUACCUCUUUUUGUUAUGACUUUGGUAUAAUCGACAACUACUGGUACAACUCUACUUGGAGUUCUUAUUUCAAAGGCAUGCUAUAGAAACUGAGGAACUCCGAAUUAGUUUUCGAAGUCACCACCCGAUCUUUUCACUUCGAAAUUGCAAGCACGGUAGCAGACGAUCUUGGAUCGGAGUGGUUGUGGAAAUUGCACCGGCACCUUUCCCAUGACUUUCGUUCUCCCGACCGUCUCAACGAUCUGAGAAAUCAAGGGGGUUGAGUCAGGCUGAGGAGCUGGGAGAUUUUUGCCCUCUGGAUAUUUUUCUUUUUCGUGUAUAAGGUGGAGGAUAGCAGAUAAAACGAAGAAGUGGCCUGGUCAAUACCAUACAUGACAUAAGCUUAAGUUAAUCAUCAUUUUCAGCAUGAGUACCAGUAAAAUGAUAAUAAAGGAGGGUUUCCUUGUAAAGAAGGGUCAUAAAAGAACAAAUUGGAGGACGAGAUGGUUUGUUUUAACCAAUGAUUCCAUUGCAUACUAUAAGCAAACUUCAGAUGCCCUCCCUGCAGGGGUCGUUGAACUUCGAGGCUGCUCUGUCAUUUCACCUUGUCUACAAUAUGCAAAUAAGAAAGGAUUUGCAUUUAUGAUAACAAACCAAGAAGGUCAUGAGCUUUUGAUGCAAGCCUCAACGGUGGAAGAGAGAGAAGGCUGGGCGAAGGCUAUUGGUGCAGCCAUCGUUGAAUGCGAUCGAUCCAAGGAAACCGAUGUGGAGUUACAUUCGCCACAGAGUAAAAUAAACUACCAUGAUAUGGUUGAAGCAAUGAAAGACCCUGAUGCUGGUAUUGAAAGGGGUAUGCACAAGGUGGAUGAGACCACUGUAUACAAAGAUUGUUUCACAGGCAACCAAAUGGUUACAUGGCUUAUAGACUGGUCCUUUGCUGAAGGUCGAGAGAAAGGCAUAGAGAUAGGAUCAAAGUUACUUUCUCUAGCCCUAUUGCAACCAAUGACCUGUGGAUUAGAUAAUGCUGCCUGUCGUAUAACAUUUGUAGAUGAAGAGGAGGCCCUCUAUAGAUUUUCAUCAUUGAACAUGUCCAAUUUGAAGAAUGUUUUGGACAGUAGUGAUUCAUCAAGCAGCGACUCUGAAACAGAAGAGAGAUUACCAAAGAAAGGGAAAGAUGAACUGCCAAUCAAACCAUUAAAAGGACAUGGAGGAAAGAUAGUCAAACAAGGAUUUCUACUCAAAAGGGGGCAUGUUAGGCAUACGUGGAAAGCAAGAUUAUUUGUUCUAUGGGAUGAUCCUGCCUACCUGCAGUAUUACAGGGGUUCAAAGGCAGGAGAUGAAAAACCACUAGGUGAGAUUCCCCUCUUCAAGUGUGCUGUUGGCGUACAGGAAGCAAGAGAAAAAUCAGAUGUGACAGUGAAGAACAAGAAUCGUCAGAAUCUUUUCAGUGUUACAACCAAGAAGGGUAAGGUGUACGUCUUUGAGGCGAGGACUCCGGAGGAGAGAGAGGAUUGGAUGAGAGCCAUCAUCAGCCCUCUCAGUGUUGGUAGAGAAUAGAGUCAGCCAUGCAUCUCUCCUUCAGUACUUCACCACACUCACUCGGACCAGUAACCUGGUAAUGAACUGAAAAAAUAUCUUUAAAAAACUUCUGGUGAGCGUUUCAUGAAAGGACUAGUUGGAUGUUUGUAUCGUACAGUCUUUGAAGCAAGGUCACAGAGGAGAGAGGACGAGAUGAGAGCCAUCAUUAGCCCUCUCAUUGUUGGUAUAGACGAUAGAAUAAUCUGUCUUUCAUUAAUUCUUCAUGCCUACUCCUCGUAGCGAACUAAAGAGAAAAUAAAGAUAUCCCUCCUUCAGUACUUCGCCCGCUCACUCUGACCGAUGACCCACUAACAAACGUAACAUUAAGAUAUUUUUGAAAACCUCUGUACCAGCUACACAGAAAUAUUGUUAGCGCUAACAAUGCGUUGACAGAGGCUCUGUUACAACGGGAAUAUCACAGCGAUGCGUAUUUCACAACAACACAUUAUGUACAUCUUGGAUCAACGUUUGACAUCACACAGUCCAAAAAAAUGUGACUGAGCAUACUGUUACCGCUCUUUUAGACUAAGAACAUUUCUGUACAGCGGUACUGGUAAAUUUUGCCGUUGAGUGUCUUGUUGAGAGCAAUUCAACAGCACUAAUGUUGUUCCCGACUCCUGGGACAAUCCUUUUUCAUGCUGCUCUAUCCUCAGAGCUGCUAGUAUGCACGUAUUUCUCUCAAGGAUUUAUGGAAUUUAUUUUAUAUAUGGGAAGCUGCUCAAUUAUGUCACAAAUUCAAAACUCUCUUAUUUCAUGGCCUUUUGUUGAACCCUUACCUUUUUUUUUUCAUUUUUUAUUUUUCAGCUUUUAUAAUAUUAAUACAUUUUUAUCAGUGUGAGCUUCCCCUUUAAUUACAUAUUCAUCCUUUUGCUUAUUGAGUUACUUGAUGUAAGACAAAGCAAGCUCUAAUUAGUCAAUCAGCUUUAAAUCUGAAAAGCAUGAAAUGCGUGUGAAUAUGACUAUCUCAGAAUAUUCAAAGUACUUGAAAGCUAUGUUUAGAUUAUGAACCACAAAGUGGUGGUAGUUUAGAUAAUCGAAAGUAAUGUAAAGUACAGGAAUUAUUCUAGUUUCUUAUUUUUCAAAUUGGAAAUCAUUUGUUAACCCUAAAAAUCACAUUUAUGAUACUGCCAUUGCCAAGUUUUAUUGUGUAGAUAUGUGAAUUGGUUAAUCUGGUUAUUACGGAGUUUCUUUGAGGUUUCCUUAGAUAUUAAUUGCACCCAGACAUCCUUCACGGUUGUUCUUCAUAACUUUUUUCCAAAAUUAUCGCCACAGAAAUGAAAUUUACUUGAGAAAACCUUGACUGUAUAAAGGUUGUUUUUGCACAGUUGGGUCAACUUCUACUUAUAUUUCCUACAAAGUGUGAGUUAUGAGAUGAUUUUAUUGCAUAGCUUUUGUUGUUUAUACAAUUCAGUUCAAUUUAUGACACUCCUAGGCUUGUUUCUGAACUCGGGUUUAAUUCAAACUCUGAUCUAAACUUGUGGUUUCACUAUGGAUAGCCGAUUGUGACGCAUGUCUCCAAGAGCAGAGGUUGUAUCAGUAUCAGCUUAUUCUGCACUUAUAACAUUCACAAAUCAUGUGAGAAUAGUUAAUAAGAUUUUUUCUUGAAUACCAUAAAGGCACAGAGAAAGAUCUAAAUAAGCAUAAAAACAAUGUAAGCUAAACGUUGACAAUUUUAGCACUGACUAAGACCGUAGUCUAAAGGCGACCGCACACCUUACGAUUGGUCUGCGACUCAAUUUUGGAAUAAAACCUAGUAGAAUUUGAUGCUAACAUUGAGACUUGGAAUAUCUUACUGUGUAAUGUUUGAAAUCAUUGUACGAAAACCUUUGUUCAAAUCUGUGACUAUGCUAUCAUCCUUCUUAGAAUAAAAGCAAAUUUAAUAUCUAGUCGUAAUGACGUCAUAGCAGUCGUACGGUUGGCUACGAUUUGAAACUAAUUUGGCCUUUACUCCAAAAUAAAGGCUUGAAAUCUUUCAAAAUGGUUAUUAUUAGUAUUCUUUCAAUUAAUUUUAACCUCAAAUAAAAUGAUAUGUUCCAUUCACAUUUUCAGAAAAUGAGCAAAAUGCGAUUUGUUCCAAAAUCGGAGCGUGAACAGUCGUAAGGUGUGCAGUGGCCUUAAGUUAAACCAGAUAUUAGAAUAUGGGCCUUAGACCUCUGGCCUGAAUCUGAAAACAUAUUAUAAGAGUCAAUAAGAGCCCACACAGUUCACUCUUCCUUUAAAUGAAUUAACUCCUCAUUUUGUAUGUACAUGUAUAUUACACAUAGUUUGUACUUUUUGUACUAUCCACCACAGUAUUACAUUCUUUUCUAUCUCUUAAAUGUUUUCUGAGCAAUAAUUACAAGGUCAAGAAUCUGAAGUAUCCUUCCUUUUCCGUUUUUCAUACAUGUUCUUCAUAUACUUAAUAUAUUGCAUACUCGUCAUAUAUUUUAACUACAAUUAUGCCGUUUUCAAUUGGACAGAUCGAGGGUCAAUUUGACCCCCCACUGUUCACCCCUUCUCCACCUUUCUUCAUAAGUUCAUAUCAGGAUAAAAGUCAAAGUAUAAUGUUGGAAGAGCUGUGGUGUAGUGGUUCUGACUCUAGCCUUGUAAACAGAGGGUCGUGGUACUGUGUGCGCCUCAACGGCAACUGACUGGAAUACUCCCCAAGGAGUCGAGGAUGUGCAUACAUUGUGUGCGGGAAUGACUGAUUGAAUCCGAUGACCGGGAUAAUAAUAUAUCUGUAAAGUGCUUAGACACGUCGUUCCGAUGUAUUAAGGGCUAUAUAAAAGCAGAAAUAGUAUUAUUAUUGAAUACUAUUAAUGACCACAAUCCACUGAUAUUACUUCUUCGUUAAGAUUCUAUGUUCAUCCUUCUACAUGGGGCAUUGUGGGUGUUCAUAUGCAUUCAAAGAGGGAUAAUCAAAAUCUUCAGAAUGCAUUUGAUAUUAAAUCCAUUGUGCCUAUUUAUAUUGUUACUUUCUUCAUUCCAAUAUGCAUUAUGUCCACAAUUCAAAAAAAUUGAGAUAGACAAAUUAUUUGUUCAUGGAUUGUCUCAAAUACUGGUACACUGUAUCUCAUGUGAGUUAGUUAGUUUUUUUUUAUUAUGUCCAUGAAGCUGUAUAAACACAUUCAUACUGUAUUUACGUGUAGCUUGUAGUUGUUGUGUGGUGUCCAAUAUGCAGCAACUGUAAUCCACAUUUUAGUCUUGAUAUACUACUGUUUUUUUAUCCUGCAAAUGUGUACAGUAGCAAAACUAAAGGUAUAUUUUUGUUUAUAAUUUUCAUUUGUAUUUUGAACUUCAAAAUAUGAGGAUGCAAAAAGAUGUUACAGCCCACUGAACUCUUGAAUCGCAUGAUGCUGGUCAUCUUGACUUUGUAAUAAAUUUUGUGAAUAAAAAGAAAAUGUGCUAGAUUUUGAAAAAA